GAGGCGGCGCGCUGCCAUUGGCGGCGGGGGCGGCGUGGGGCGGGGCCAGGCGCGGCGGCGGCGGGCGCGGGCGCGGCGGGGCGCGGCGGGAGCGGCUGAGGGCGGCGGCGCUGUUGCCAUGGAGACGAGCGCGCACCCCUAUUGGCCGCGCGCGCUGGCGUUGCCGGGUUACGUGGCGGGCGCGCGGCCCGGCUGGCAGUGCGCAGGCGCGGUGGCGGCGGCGGCGGCGGCUGCUGGCGCUGGGGGCGGGGCGAAGGGCGGGGCCAGGCGGAGCCCCGCCCGCCGGCUGGUGCUGGGCUGGUUCCUGCUCUGCGCCGGCAUCCACGGCGUCCUGGAAGGGUACUUCAGCCUCCGGCACCGGGAGCUGCCCGCCGACACCGGGCUGCUGGCCGACGUCUGGAAGGAGUACGCCAAGGCCGACAGCCGCUACAUGACGAGCGAUGACUUCACGGUUGCCAUGGAGACGGUGACAGCCUGGGCCUGGGGUCCCCUGAGCUUCCUCACCUUCCUGGCGCUGCUGCGGCAGCACCCGGCGCGCCACGUGCUGCAGCUGGUGGUGUCCCUGGGCCAGCUGUACGGUGACGUGCUCUACUUCGCCACGGAGGCGCGGGCGGGCUGGGCGCACAGCGACCCCCACCCCUUUUAUUUCUGGGGUUACUUCGUGGGGCUCAACGGGCUCUGGGUGCUCGUGCCCCUGCUGCUGCUGCUGGACGCCGCGCGGCAGCUGGCCACGGCGCAGCGCGGCCACGACCGGCCCCCGCCACAAGGCCCACUGAGGGGGGGAGACCCCCGGGGUGAGAGACCCCCCCCAGGGCUGAGGGACCCCCCCCAGGGCUGAGGGACCCCCCCCAGAGUGAGGGAUUCACCCCCCAGGACUGAGAGACCCCCCCCUCAGAGUGAGGGAACCCCCCCAUGGACUGAGGAAUCCCCCCACGACCGGCCCCGCCACAAGGCCCACUGAGGGGGGGGAGACCCCCGGAGAGACCCCCGGGGUGAGGGACCCCCCCCAUGGACUGACAGACCCCCAUGGACUGAGAGACCCCCCCAGAAUGAGGGAUUCCCCCCCCCCCCGGGGCUGAGGGACUCCCCCCCAGAGUGAGGGAAUCCCCCCACAACCGGCCCCGCCACUGACGUGGGAGAGACCCCCAGAGAGACCCCCGGUGUGAGGGACCCCCCCAGGGCUGAGGGACCCCCCCCACGACCGGCCCCGCCACAAGGCCCACUGAGGGGAGACCCCCAGAGACCCCCCCAGGGCUGAGAAACCCCCCCCCAGAGUGAGGGAAUCCCCCCACGACCAGCCCUGCCACAAGGCCCACUGAGGGGUGGGAGAGACCCCGGGGGUGAGGGACCCCCCCAGGAUGAGGGAUUCCCUUCUCCCCCAAACCUCAGACCCCCCCCCAGCCCGAGGGACCCCCCCCGAGGGAGGGUUCAGCACCGGGAGGGUCCUGGAGGGGAAUUUUGGGACCCCCCAACCUCAGAGACCCCCCCCCGGGGAGGGUUCGGAUCCUGGAGGGGAAUUUUGGGACCCCCCCCAAAAGCUCAGGGGGCGUGGCUGGAGCCCCCCCACCUUCCCCAUGGGGGUCUCAGCCUCAUUUUUGGGGGUCUCAGCCUCAUUUUUGGGGAUCUCCCUCUCAUUUCUGGGGUCUCAGCUUCAUUCUCGUGGGUCUCCUCUCGUGUUUGGGGUCCCUUUCUCAUUUUUGGGGUCUCAGCCUCGGUUUUGGGGGUCCCCCUCUCACUUUUUGGGGGUGUGCCGUGGGAACGUCCCUCAUUCCUGGGGGGCAGGGAUGGAUUUUAAUAAAAGAGCUGGAAAUGGA